UGGAUGCUUAGCCCCCUUUGCAGUGCCGUCAUUGGCUAAUUUCUCCCGCCCCGUCGGUGAUUGGUCAAUCCCCGCCCUUCGCUUCAUUACGUUCUAGUCGAUUGGCGGCUUUCCCUUCGCUUUUAAUCCCACCCCUCGCCUCGUUAGUAUUGGCUGAGCAGGUGUCCGUUGCAGGACAUUGAUUGGUCCGCCUAAUUUCUCGGCUGACAAGCGCCGCUGAGGGAGCGAUGGAGCUUUUUGAAGCCCUAACGAAAUAAUAGGAAGGCGGAGUCGCUUCGAGUUCGUUUUUUUUUUCCAGUCGCGCCCUUGAAAUGGAGCUAACUUAUCAGUCGUUGAGAACGACGCACCAGGUCAGAGAAGAAGAGCACACACGAACAGAAGCCCGGCGCAAAAACCUGCUUAUUUUGAUUUUACAUUAUUUAACGGAAGAAGGGUAUGUAGACGCUGCUAAUGCACUGGAGCAAGAAGCAAAAGGUGGGCUGCGCCGUUUUGAAGUGUGCGACAAUGUCGAUCUGGAGACCAUUUUGAUGGAAUACGAGAGCUACUACUACGUCAAGUUUCAAAAGUACCCCAAGAUUACCAAGAAAGUUGUCGACUCCACAGAUAAUAAAUCAAGAAGUGGAGGGAAAGCAAAAAGGGCCCCCAGCGGCACAUGCCGGAAUCUCCCCAAGAUUAGCCAACAUCAAGGGAGGCCUCAAUCAAAAGUGUCGCCCACAAGAGCCGCAGAGCUGAAAGCCGCCUGCAAGGAUGCCGUGAAGCAGGAGAACGAAGGUCCUUUAAGUCGAGUUGCAUCAGAAUUUGGUUUAAAUGUAUCUGCAAUCCACAGAGGAGGUGGAGAAGGCCCUCAUCCUAAAAGGGGGCAAAUUAUUGACUUCCGUGGCCUGAUUCAGGACGCGAUCAAGGGGGCCUCCAGUGAAAUCUCCCUCCACAGCUUUAACUGCAAUCCAGAUCCUUCGGAACGCCUGUUAAAACCUUUGGGUGCCUUGCUUGGUAUGACAGCUGAAAUGAGGGAGCUUGCGACGGUGGUCAGUAAGGAUAUCUACCUUCACAACCCCAACAUCAAAUGGGACGACAUCAUUGGGCUGGAGGCCGCCAAGCGCUUAGUCAAGGAAGCUGUUGUGUAUCCCAUAAGGUACCCGCAGUUGUUUACAGGCAUUCUUUCUCCUUGGAAGGGACUUCUACUCUAUGGGCCUCCAGGUACAGGGAAAACUUUGCUGGCUAAAGCUGUCGCUACUGAAUGCAAUACAACAUUCUUCAACAUCUCCGCGUCCACCAUUGUCAGCAAAUGGAGAGGCGAUUCAGAAAAGCUUGUCAGAGUGUUAUUUGAGCUUGCCCGCUACCAUGCCCCUUCCACGAUCUUCCUGGAUGAACUGGAGUCGGUCAUGAGUCAGCGUGGCACCGUUCCAGGGGGUGAGCACGAAGGGAGCCGACGGAUGAAAACCGAAUUAUUGGUGCAGAUGGACGGCCUGGCCCGAUCCGAUGACCUUGUCUUUGUUUUAGCAGCUUCCAACUUACCCUGGGAACUGGAUUACGCCAUGCUGCGCCGGCUAGAGAAGAGGAUCCUGGUUGACCUCCCAAACCCAGAGGCACGGCAAGCCAUGAUCCAGCACUGGCUUCCCCCGGUGAGCAACAGUGGAGGAGUGGAGCUGAGGACGGAGCUGAAUUAUAAUCUGCUCAGCCAGGAGAUGGAAGGCUAUUCGGGGUCCGACGUUAAAUUGGUUUGCAAAGAGGCAGCCAUGCGCCCUGUGAGGAAAAUCUUCAGCGCUCUGGAAAGUCAUCAGCCAGACAGUGGAAACUUACCGGUGAUCCACUUGGACACAGUCACAACGGAAGACUUCCUGGAUGUCAUUUCUCACACCAAGCCCUCCGCCAAGAACCUCAGUCAAAGAUACAUUGACUGGCAAAGAGAAUUUGAGUCGGUCUGAGCCGGGUUUAAGAUCCAAAACAGUCACCCACGUUUUCCGCCCAAGAAAUUUCAAAGAGUUUAUUUUUUUAACACGAGGAGAAGAAAUUUCCAAGCUGGGUCCUGAGUUUUGACGAUGGAGAAGAGGCUGCAAAUUGUUCUUCGGGUUAUACCCUUUCAGCUGCUAAGCCUUAAAUUCCUACCCGGGUUGGAAAAACACACUAGCACUUUUGAGCACUUUUUAAUUUUUUACAAUGUAAACAUGGCCAAUGGCUUUUAUCCUUGCCUGCCCUAGGAGCUGACUUCAUCUUUGCCGCUAUAAUUUUCUUCCUGGCUGGGACAGGCCGUAGGAAUUGACUGAGAGGGCCACUAAUUGGGUCUCCCCAGGCACCCUUGUAUUAAGCGAGUCGAUUUUGAGAAAGGCUGGCAUCCGUGAAGAAUAAACCAAUUUGGGAAUCUUG